CCGUGCACAAGGUUGGUGGGGCAAAAUUCAAGGAAGCACACACUUCCUGGAGCUGCUGCUUGCAUUCACCCAGAACAACUGGGGAAAACUAAAGUAUAUAAUGGGAACAAUGCCAUUGUUUUAGUUAUGUCUGCGAGUCAAAUGCUAAGAAAAAAAAGCAUGGCAGAACGAUGGACACUUUUCUUUGACUUUUAAAUGUUAAGGAAUCCAAUCACCCCAUGUCUCAAGCCACAACGCCGGUCGAGUGCAGGGUCUACGGUGUCAACGGGCUGGCAUAACCAGGCCAGCAAGCGGCCCAGUGAAGUGCCUCCCUCCCUAAGUGUCCGAUAUAGCUAACUGGCUAGCGCGCUAGUUAGCUGGAUUACUUUUGUCAACGAACGUCGUUGACAUCCAUAAUAUGGCAAUUGAAAGUCGCCGUUUUCAAAUCGUGGCUACUAUAUACUGUAGCUAGGUAGCCACAUUUUAACGCCGUCUUUUUAGCUAAAGUUAGCAAACUGCACCUCUGUUAGCUGGCUCAGUUAGAUGCUGUACCAGCUUAUAAUGUUUGGACUGAGCUAGCUAGCUAAACAGCAAGCGUUCACACGGCUUGUAGGGCUUUUUAAGUAUAGCUUGCUAUGUAAUACUGUUUUUGCUUGGUUCGGUUUUUGGCAAGUUGUCAUGUAAGAUUAUUUUAAUCCGUUUCUUUGAGUGCGUAUUUCUUUCUUGUUUUAGCCAUUUUAUUUUAAAUAUUUGGUUUUAAUGAGUGGUAGGUAGCUAGUUAGCCACUUAGAAAUGUCUCUGCCAUCCGCCGAUAUGAUCGAAACCCCACCUGGAUAUCCCUUUGAAGAAAUAGAAUAUAAUGCUAUUGAAGUUGAGGAGGUCGUGGGCAGGGGUGCUUUUGGUGUUGUCUGCAAGGCCAAAUGGAAAGGCAAAGAUGUUGCAAUCAAAACCAUAGAGAGUGAAUCUGAAAGGAAAGCAUUCAUUGUUGAGCUGCGACAGCUUUCACGUGUGAAUCACCCCAACAUUGUGAAGUUGUAUGGCUCAUGCAGUAAUCCGGUUUGCCUGGUGAUGGAGUAUGCUGAAGGGGGGUCUCUGUACAACGUGCUGCAUGGUGCCGAACCCCUCCCCUGUUACUCUGCCUCCCAUGCCAUGAGCUGGUGUUUUCAGUGUUCCCAGGGGGUCGCCUAUCUCCACGGCAUGAAACCAAAGGCUCUCAUUCACAGGGACCUCAAGCCACCCAACCUUCUCCUCGUUGCGGGCGGCACUGUGCUGAAGAUCUGCGACUUCGGGACGGCAUGUGACAUUCAGACCCACAUGACCAACAACAAAGGAAGCGCGGCGUGGAUGGCCCCUGAGGUGUUUGAAGGCAGCAAUUAUAGUGAGAAGUGUGACGUGUUCAGCUGGGGCAUCAUUCUCUGGGAGGUGAUCACGCGCAGGAAGCCCUUUGAUGAGAUCGGUGGGCCGGCCUUCCGCAUCAUGUGGGCAGUGCAUAACGGUACCCGACCACCGCUCAUCAAGAACCUUCCCAAGCCCAUCGAGAGCCUCAUGACUCGCUGCUGGUCUAAAGACCCUUCCCAAAGGCCGUCCAUGGAGGAGAUAGUGAAGAUCAUGACCCAUCUUAUGAGGUGCUUCCCCGGGUCUGAUGAGCCCUUGCUGUACCCAUACCAGUAUUCAGACGAUGGGCAGGGUAACUUGGCCACAAGCACAGGUUCCUACGUGGACUACACCAACACUAGCAACAAGAGUGACGCCAGCGCGGAACAUGGUGACUCUCAAGGAAGCAACGACACCAUCAAGAUCACACAUCAGUUCAGGCCAAAGGGAGAUCCGUUGCGGAGCCUGCCUCUGUCCAGAGGGGGCAGUGUUGAGAGCCUGUCAGGACGAACUCACAGCCUGGUGUCCUCCGACAACAAAAGAAUGAGCGCAGACUUGUCAGAGCUGGAGCACAGGAUGUCUUUCUCUCCUGCAGCACGUCCCCAGUAUAAACCAGGACACCGUAAAACGGCGUCAUUUGGCACCAUUCUGGACAUUCCCAAGAUCGUCGUCACAGCCACCUGUGAUCCGCAGAGACGUAGAUCUGUACAGGACCUCCCAGGGACCUUCUCGGAGUCCGGCCAGGGGAGCAGGAGCAGCAGCAGGUCCUCUAGUCCCGGCUUGAGGAUGAUGCCACCGGAUAAAAGCGGCAUCAGGAGCUGCAGCUUCUCCCCUGACGAACCCACAGAUACCAACGGCUCAGACAACUCCAUUCCCAUGGCUUAUCUCACCCUGGACCACCAGCUGCAGCCUCUCGCUCCUUGCCCCAACUCCAAAGAGUCAAUGGCGGUGUUUGAGCAACACUGUAAAAUGGCCCAGGAGUACCUGAAAGUGCAGACAGAAAUCGCCUUGCUGAUCCAGAGAAAGAAAGAGUUGAUUGCUGAACUGGACCAGGAUGAGAAGGAUCAGCAGAACACGUCCCGCCUGGUCCAGGAGCACAAGAAGCUGCUGGAGGAGAACAAGUCUCUGUCCACCUACUACCAGAAGUGCAAAAAGCAGCUAGAACUGAUCCGUGCCCAGCAACAGAAGAGACAGGGCACGUCGUGAUUGGUCAGUCACUGGGCCCCGCCUGGAUCCUGCUGCAGAGACACUCAAACACGUCGCGAUUGGUCAGUCACUGGGCCCUGCCUGGAUCCUGCUGCAGAGACACUCAAACUGUCCCCAAUCUAAUCCCCCCACCAUCUGAUCUACCCCCCCCUCCACCUUCUGAUCUACCCCCCCUCCACCUUCUGAUCUACCCCCCCUCCACCUUCUGAUCUACCCCCCCUCCUCCUU